CUCGCAGCCCCAAGCCGAGCCCGAGGGGCAACCCCUCUCUUUCUCUCUCCCCCCCCUUACCCUCCCUUCUCUCCCUUCCCUCCCCUAUCCUCUGUCUCAGUCUCGGUCUCUUUCGAUGGCAGACGUCCCCGCGCUUCCUCCCGGCGGCCGGAGGCGCCCUGCCUUCGGCCUUCGCCCCUCCUCCGGCCGCCCACAGGUGAGGCCAGCCCCGAGGCCUGCUGCUGGCCGACAGGAGGACCUGCGGUGCCCGCCUGUCGUGCCCCCGCCAGAACUGCAGAAAGAUGAAACAGAAGAUGCACAGUCAGGACAAGAAAAAACAUUUAUGUCUCCACCAUUUGAGGAUACUGAGUUAAAUAUCAAUCACCCCUACUAUGAUGUUGCAAGACAUGGCAUCAUCCAAUUAGCGGGUGAUGACAAUUUUGGAAGGAAGGUGAUUACCUUCAGUUGCUGCCGUAUGCCCCCUUCCCACCAGCUCAAUCACACCAGAUUGCUGGAGUACUUGAAGUAUACUCUGGACCACUAUGUAGAGAAUGAUUAUAUGGUUGUCUACUUUCACUAUGGCUUGAAGAGUCUGAAUAAACCAUCUUUGAAAUGGUUACAAACUGCCUACAAAGAAUUUGACAGGAAGUAUAAGAAAAACCUUAAAGCACUGUAUGUUGUACAUCCAACCAACUUCAUAAAAAUUCUGUGGAAUAUUUUUAAACCUCUUACAAGCCAUAAGUUUGGGAAAAAAAUCAUCUACUUGAAAUAUUUAAGUGACCUGAGAGAACAUCUCAAAUAUGACCAGCUUAAUAUUCCUCAAGAAGUCAUCCAACAUGAUGAAAAUCUUUGGAGGAAACAGAAGGGAAAACUGCCACCUGUUGUUAAAAUUCCUCCACCAAGACCACCUCUACCUACCCAGCAAUUUGGAGUCAGCCUACAAUAUAUCAAGGACAAAAAUAAGGGUGAACUAAUCCCCCCGGUAAUGAAGGAAACUGUAUCCUACCUAAAAAGAAAAGGACUACAAGUAGAGGGCCUCUUCAGAAGGUCAGCCAGUGUCCAGACUAUCAAAGAUGUUCAGAAACUCUACAAUCAGGGCAAGUCUGUGAAUUUCGAUUACUAUCACGAUAUCCAUAUUCCUGCUGUUAUCUUAAAGACUUUCCUUAGGGAACUCCCUCAGCCAUUACUAACCUUUGAAUGUUAUGAUCAUAUCCUUGGAAUCACCAGUGUGGAGAGCAGUUUACGAGUAACGAGAUGUAAACAGAUCAUUCAUGGACUUCCUGAACAUAAUUAUGUUGUUCUGAAGUAUCUGAUAUGCUUUCUCCAUAUGCUUGCUGAUUUUUUUUAACCCCACAAGUGUGAGGGUUUGGGGAACUUCCAGUACAUGUCAUUCUCCAGUCAUCCUUGUGACAUCCUUUUGCUGCCAGUUUAUGUGCAGGAAAAGACAGUAAGGAGGGUGUUAGUUUCCCUCCUUUCUGCCUUAUCCAGUGUAUAACCUUUUCUAGAUUGCAUUUUUCAAAUCCAAGUGCCUAAAAUUGAGGAUCAACUUUAGCUGACAACUAAAUGAAGUGACCAAUCCUUCAGAAGUCUGAAGAGCCCACUGAACUAAUGACAGAUACAGAACAAUGCUGAUUUUUACCACUGAAGGAAUUAGCCCUCUGUAACUAUUCUUGGGCUAUAAUCCAUAUUCUAGCUUGUAGCGUAUUUCAUAAGCAGGUACAUUUCAUCCCAUAUUACCUCAAAACACUACAGAAAAGCAAGAUUAAAGGAAAGACCCUUGAUAUGACCCUUGCUCAGACAUUGCUUUCAAGGUUCCUGUAAUACCUACAUGCUCGUUUACUGUUGCUUAGCUGAACUCUAAUGCUAUUAAGGAACUCCUGUUAUUGGCUAUUCUUUUAGCAACUGAUAUCUCUCCUCAGCAUUAUGAAUCAUGUAAGUGACUUUGUUCCAGUAAUAGAUGCACCAUCUUAAUGCACUUCUUAAGAGCUGAGCACUUGAGGUGUUAAUGAGGUGUGCAAAAGUACUAUAUAGUGUUUUCUGUAAUUGGGCAACAGAACAUAGCAUUAUUUUUGAGUGUGCCUUGUUAUGUAAAGCACAGCAUCAAGUUGAUACUAGUGCUCAGCUCUGCAAUUUUUGCUGAUUCAUAGCUUUUCGUCCUUAGUGUCCUGGGGAAUAUUUGCAUGUGAAAAGGUCAAGGGAAUGUGAAACAAUCUAGGAGCUAGAGAUUUCUGUUCAUUGCAGACUGGUGUGCUGCGCAAACUGACACAAUUCAAACUUAGACCUCUCUACCAAUAAUCCUAGUUCUUAUCUGCAAGCAUCAACCUUCUUACAUAUAAGAGGCAAUUUAAUUCUUCCAUGAGCUCAGCCUUGAGUAGUACAAGAGGCACUUGUGCUAAUUUCAUGAAGUGGGAUGCAUUGUAAUCACUAGAUACAGGUUUUGAAUACUCUAAGUACAGGCUGAUAUAGGCUUGUGGAAGAAGAAAAAAAUCUCCAUUUUCUCUGCAGUCUCGACCCCCUUACUUAAUGAAACAGCUCCUUCUAGUCCAAGAGUACUACGGCAAGAUAUUACAACUCCUACAGAAGUAAAAGACUUGCAUUUCAAAAAUAGGUCCAAAUUCCUUAACCUUAGACUGUCAGGGAUUUUGCCAGUAAGGAGCCCAGCUGACUGUUAAAAAUCCACACUGUCCAUCUCCACU